GGCGGACAGUGUGAGAAGAGAAGCGAGAUAGGCCCGAUGAAGGCCACCGAGACCCGGCCGCCCUCCCCGGUCGGCUACUCCUCCGGGAGGACGUCGGCGUCGUGGGUACCAGCGGCGAGAAGAUGGUGAAGCCGGAUGCCAUCCCGGGGAAGGGCGACAACAACCCCAACAGCGACGCCAGCUCGGCACAACAGGGCGAGCUGCAACGGCAGCUGUCCGGGAGGCAUCUCAACUUCAUCGCCAUCGGCGGCACCAUCGGCACGGGCUUCUUCCUGGGCACCGGCACGGCGUUGGUCAAGGCUGGUCCGGCGGGGUGUCUCAUAUCGUACGUCUUUGUUGGGACCGUCUUGUGGUCCGUGAUGGUGUGCUUGGGCGAGAUGGCUACGUAUAUCCCGACGGCGGGCGCCUUCUCCAUCUAUGCGUCGCGCUUUGUGGACGACAGUUUCGGGUUCGCGGUGGGGUGGCUAUAUUGGUUUGCCUGGGCUACAACAUACGCUCUCUCGCUCACCGCCGCGGGGCUCAUCAUCCAGUACUGGAACCAGAGCUUCAACAUCGGCAUCAUUAUCGCUAUCUUCUGGGUCGUCUUCACUAUCGUCAACUACCUGCCCGUCGGUAUAUACGGUGAGCUCGAGAUGUGGCUGUCCAGCCUCAAGGUCAUCACCAUCGCCGGCUUCAUCGUCUUCGGCAUCUGCAUCGCGGCCGGUGUUGGCCAGGAGGGCGUGCUGGGCUUCAAGUACUGGCACGACCCGGGCGCCUUCAACGAGUACCUCGCGCCCGGCGGGGUAGGGAAGUUUGUCGGCUUCUGGGCCGUGAUCAUCCAGGCCGCGGUCGCGUACCAGGGCGCGGAGCUGGUUGGUGUCGGCGCAGGCGAGGCACGCGACCCCCGCAAGACGGUCCCGAGCGCGAUCCGGGUGUCUUACUGGGGGAUUAUGAGCCUGUUCGUGGUGACCAUGUUCCUCAUCACCAUGACGGUGCCGUCCAACGACCCCGGCCUGCUCGGUGACUCGUCCAACGCAUCCGCCUCGCCGCUCGUCAUUGCCGCGCACCGGGCCGGCGUCAAGAUUCUCCCAGACAUCAUCAACGCCGUGCUGCUGACGGCCGUCCUGUCCGCGGCCAACUCGAACGUCUACUCGGGCAGUCGCGUGCUGGUGGCGCUAGCCGACGAAGGCCAGGCGCCCGCGCUGUUCAAGAAGACGAACCGGCACGGCAUUCCGAUCUAUGCCGUCAUCGUAACGGCCGCCUUUGGGCUGCUCGGGUUCCUGAACCUGUCGGCGGACGGCGCCAAGGUAUUCAACUGGUUGCUCAACAUCACCGGUGUUGCUGGGAUGACGACCUGGACGAGCACCUGCGUGUCCUACCUGGCCUUCAUGCGCGCCCUCAAGGCGCAGGGGAUCCCGCGAUCCGAGCUGCCGUAUGUGUCGCGCUUCCAGCCCUACACCGCCAUAUACGGAGUCUUCUUCAACGUCCUCAUCACUCUGACGCAGGGCUUCACCGUGUUUAUGGACUGGGACACGAGCGAUUUCUUUGCCGCGUACAUCAGCCUCAUUCUCUUUGUCGUGCUCUGGGCCGGGCACAAACUCUGGUACCGGAAACCGAUGGUUGACCCGGCCACUGCCGAUCUUGUCCGGGGACGCUAUGACCUGAACGAAGAGCGAUUGGCCGCUGAUGGCGGAGUAUGAGAAAUCAGGACUGUCGGGUUCUCGCGAGAACGGGAAGCCGCUUGGCUCGAAGGGGGUUCCUGGGGUGGUCGAGUCCGGGAGGCUUCAUUAUAACGCCGGCCAACCUGCAAAGAUGGCGUGGUCGAUGGCACGAAAGUUGGCGAUAGGAGCUUGUUCGCUUAAUGAUAUAUGAUAUUUUUCUUCACUCCCCCGACAUCGUUUCUCCCGCUCACAGAACCAUGUUCCAACUGACCCUCGUAGUUGUCA